ACAGGCGCAUGGCACAAAGGGGUGUGCACGGAAACGACAAUAUAAUGCAGAGCUGUGAGACAAAGGGUCUCUUUUAGCGUAUUUUAGCGAUUUAUUGAGACAACUAAUUAUUAAGUGUUUUGAGAUCAGAUGAAUUGUGCACCUAGUGUAAUUCGUAUAGUGCUAUUUAUCUUGUGAAACAGACUGGAGCGAUAAAGAUAAACUCUUUCAGGGAUGUUUUUGUGUGUGACUCUCCUGACUGUCCUAUACAACUUUAUGGAAUCUCAAUCAGAGCCACUACACGUGGUUGGUCCAGAAGCUCCUCUUGUUGCAGCAGCUGGUGAAGAUCUGGUUCUGCCAUGUUUCAUCAAACCCAACACCAGUGCUGUGGACAUGACUGUGGAGUGGUUGAGACUAGAUGAAGUAGCUUCAUCAGUGCAUCUCUAUAGGGAUCAUGAAGAUAAAAAUGAAGAUCAGGCUCAGUCCUACAGAGGAAGAACAUCACUGUUUAAAGAGGAGCUACACAAAGGCAACGCUUCACUCACACUCUCAGCUCUCCAAGUCUCUGAUGAAGGAGAAUAUAAGUGUCUCAUUAUGGACCAAUCCUGGUAUGAUGACAUCACUGUUCAUGUUAUUGUUGAGGUUCUAGGAAGCCGCCCAGUGAUCAGGAUGGAGAAUUAUGAUAACUCAGGAGGGAUUAAUCUAGUGUGUGAGUCCAGAGGCUGGAAACCUGAACCUGAGGUUCUGUGGCUGGACAGAGAAGGAGCCACUCUGCCUGCUGAAGAUACACAGAUACACAGAGACACUGAGGGCUUCAGUGUGAAAAGACGCAUCACUGUUUAUGACUCCAACAGGUUUUACUGCAGACUUCAACAAAAACAUCACAUGAUGGAGGCAGAUAUUACCAUUAAUAGUGAAGUCUUUGGUGUUUGUAAGUGGCCUGUCUACAUUGCAGUUUCAGCAUGUCUUGUUGCUGGAUUGCUAGUAACAUGUGUUUUUGGACUGAUACUAACUGCUUUUGGUUACAAGAAAGAUUCCCAACUGUGUUCCUGGAGAAAUCCAGGACAUAAUGUUUUUACUGCUUUAAUGCUCUCACUUUAAUUCAGGAAGGUCUAUAAAUGAGCUGGUUAUCUGGAUUAGGUGUGUUGAAACAGAAAAAUAGUACUAUGUGCAGGACAGGGUUUUCCGUUUUUCCAAGAACUAAUGUACUAAUGUACUAGAGCCCUUGUUCAGCAGCAGCAUGGGCUGGAGGAACUGUGAAUAGAAAGCAUGUUGUUUUGUCUGUCAGCAUGCUUUACGGCUAAUCCUCUAACUCUGACAGCAAGAAUCAACAAAAUAUACAGUGUUACUAACUACCAAUGAAUGCUGGUUGAUUAUUCAGUAUUUAUUACUAAAUUAGUCAUUUGUUUUGUUUACUAUUGACUAUUAACAUUAACAUAACCCUGCUUAUUCCCUGCAUACUCAUUUACUAUCUAAGAAACUGUGAUUUAAAUGACUAUCCAUUUACUGUUAGUGUUCAUAUAUUACUUAUAUUAGUCAUAGUACAUUAUAUUACUUACUGUCAAAUUAUUUUAUUUAUUUCAUUUAUUUUGUUUAGUAAACAAAUGUAUCUGUUUU